AGGGCAGAGAAUCCGCGAUUCAGCUUCAGUUACGGUGAGCAGCUCGUGCGAUACGGACAGACCGGACAAUUCGUCGCCUUCGUCGUGCGCGUCCUGCGAGUGUCCUGACUGCUGUCGCUGCUACUGCUUUUAAUCCUUACAGCUGCUACAGCACAUCACCAUAACCGCCAGUGACUGCAAUGUGUGUUUAGUGAAAAACUGCGUUUGUAUGUGCGAAAGGUUGGGGGGGGCGAAACGAUUUUCAUCUAGUGCAGUUUCCCGUGUAACCUACGACACCUUUUGCUCGGCGUCCUCCGACCGAAUUGGCGAAUGACGUCCACCGAGAGCGAGGUCAGAUGAGGUGUGGAUUUUGAGCAGAGUGAUGUUUAAUUGAAUUUCCCUAUCAGGAGGUACACAGUCGUGUCGGGGUUUAGUCGCUUACCAGUUACCAACAGUUGGUUCCCAGUGCAUGGUUUCACGGGAAGAUUUACGGCGGUGUUCCCAGCGGUUCCCUAUUCGCCUCGGUUCGGAUGUAUGUGUGUACCAACGGGGGUGGUUUUUGUUAGUGUGAUCUGUUGUGCUAGUUUCAGCACAAUUUGAAACGUGUGUACAAAAGCGUUUUUCAAUUUAAUUCUAUUAGUUCAAUUUAACGUGUGCGCCAUUCACGUGCCAGCCAGUGUAUCGUGGUGAGGUUUUAACAAAGCACAAAAAAAAUAUCUUUUUUUUUAUAAAAGCGUGUGUCUCGCGUGCUAUCGUAGCACUGGAAAGGUGAACCAUUAGUGUCAACGCCAGCAAUACCAAAUCAUUCACUGGAGCUUUAUCGGCGCAGCGCAGGAUUCGUUCAACGAGGGUAGCCCAACACCUUUCAGAUUGGCUCCGUAUAUUCAAUCCCGUCUGGAGAUACUAUCCGGAUGAAAGCACACCCAACUGCACAACCGACGCCAUUUGCGCUAAGGACAGUGCUGCCACUGCUGGAACCAUCUUAACGAGCUGAUCAUUGUAGCACUAAUUAAAUAAUGCAACACUAAGAUAGCGGUGGGUGAGCCACCACCGACCAUCGUCGAUGUUACCCGUGGCGGACGCGUUCAUUAAAAUGCACCAAGCGAACUAAUUUAUCAUUGGCCACGAAAACGGGGCACACACACGCGGGUUGGGUACAACAUAUCAAAGCGGUUGGGUUGGGAAGGUGCACGCGCAGGUGUGGACUGGGUAUGAAAAUUGCUGCCCCGUUCGCAUGUUUACACUGGACUCCGGCCCACGGCCAGCUUAGGAGGGACGUGUGACUAACCGAUGAGAGCGAACCAAUGGUCACCCACAUGAAGCCACCUGUUUGCCGCAUGUACAACGUUACCCAAAGACUGCUGAUCUUUGCAGUGCUCUUCCUCAAUUCGUUCAUUGAUCUUGCCACUAUCGAUGGUCACGUCCUUCCACGUCCUCUCACCACCACUAGCAGCAUCCCGGUACGUAACUUUUCCACCGUUGGCAGUGACAAUAUUGCUACGAUCACGAGCGCUUCGGGUAGUUCUACGUCUUUCGACAUUUCCGGUUGGGUCACCUCGGGCAGUACCAGCAGCCUUCACGAACGUGUUACGUUACCCUUCGUGCGCACACACCUUACCACCAAGACCGACAAUCAGCAUACCGAGGGUGACCUACACAGUGACAUGCUGAAUAACACUGCCGGCAGGGUUUUGGUGGUUGCACCUGAAAACUUUUCCAUCGACCAGUUACGCCAAGGAUUUCACAACUUUGUCAAACUGUUGCAAACUAACCGGCCACCGGUGGUGGUAAGCGGUAACGACGACGGCAGCGACAAUCUGACGCUUUCUCACUUCGACAAGCAGAUCCAGUUCCGUUCCUGGCACGAUAUGGUUUCGUUCGAGCGCUGGCUGGACGAUCCUGCGUUUGCGACCGUUCUUUAUAUGUCGGAUGAAAGUGACAGCUUCAUCGGAUACUGUGACAGCCUUUCGACACACUUAUCAACCGUCUACAGGAAGCUGGUGCUCUUUUGGCCGUGCCCAAGGAUGAAGGCGACGGAAAAGUUCAUUCCCUCUUACGAAACAGUUUCGUACGCUGUGAAAAGCAUCGCGCAGCAGCUUAAUUGGACCGAAGCGGUCCUGCUAGCGACAGAUGCCAACCGUGCGUUAUCGCUUGCCUUAGCCAGUAAUCUACACAUACCCUAUACGAUAGCACUGGACCCAUCCAGCAUUCCCUCCACCUUCAACGAUAGCAAUGGAAAAGUGGUAAUCAUCUGUUCGUCGAUCAACUCACCACAAACAAUCAGCGUAAUCAAUCAACUUAAGCAGUACAGCAAAACGAAAAUCCUGCUCAUCGAUAUGGUGGGAACAAUUUUCAACAGUAACAACGUGCUCUAUCGGCGCCUGGCCGAAGCGGACGAACCGUUCGGCGAAACGUUGCGCCAUCGACGGAACCUGCUCGUGCUGACAAUACUUACGGCAAAUUUUCGUUCCUUCCUUCACCGGCUGCACGGUGUCGAUCUGGGUGACUACAAGCACAUCAGUGAGAAUUUGCUGAAAAUACGUUUGGCGGAAGAAAUCCCCAUUCAUGCGCCAUCGGUUGACGAGUGGCACGAUAACGAUGAUAAAGGUGACGGCGGUACCAAUCCCACAAAGGACUAUGAAGUGUCUAACCUUUAUCCAUCGUACGAUGACUAUUCGGUGGUGUCCGACCACAUACAGCACCCACAACCACAUCCGCCGGAGUUGCUGCUCGAGCUCCUCGGCCUCGCCGCAAACGGGACGAAUGCAUCGCAAAGCUGUGACUUCCAUUACUUUCUCAACCACGUCGCGAACUGGUACGAAAUUCUCUCCCAAACGUUCGAUGCAGCACGCUGUCAAACGCUAUUUGGCAGCUAUUGUGAAACGGGCGUUAGUCAAGGUGUCUAUCUCAAUCCAUCAUCGUCGGAUAAUAUUACCGGCGAGUUCCCAUUACCCACCGCCAACCAUGCCACAAAUCAAUCGCUAGAAGCAACCAUCGAUGAAAUUGAGCGAUUCUGUGACCUCUUUCUCGCUAGCUACGAUAAGCUGCUGACCGAUGGGUUGCCAGCCCCGAACACGACCGAAGAUGGCGUGAACCGUGGCGGUACUCCAGUGGCACCGGAUCACCUGCUAAUGUUUGGCGAACACUUUUAUUUCUUUGACUUUCUGCUUGCUGUAUCGGAGGACAACCGGAAGCACCAUUCGCAGCAGCAGCAACACCGCAAGUUUCAGUUCGAUUUUGUGGCGUUUGAUUUUAAGAAUAUUUCACACCAUCGUACGGCCGUGGUUUGGCGUCCGUUUCUCAUACUGCAGCAGAGCCAGCUGCAUCGGCAUCAGUUCAGCAUGCAUCCGGUACCGCCCGGGUAUGCCGAUUGGGUCGUCGAGGCAACGCUCGAAACGAUUUGGAUCUGUGGGGUGCUUUGUUGGGCCAUCGUCGGGCUGGUGGGUCUCAUCGCUGUGGCGAUGAUCGUGGGUAGUAUCGUGUUCAGCAUUGCUGUGAGGAACUAUAUCAUCAAGACGCGCCUCUCCAAAGGUCCGAACAAAAUUGUUCUCUCGCCGUCGGAUUUUGUGUUUCCAGUUGACAUGCGAAGGGUUGACGAGGGUAUCGAGGCGAUGCUUUGCUGUUGGCUCCAACAGCUACAGGAAUUUGGUGGCCCCGAGGUGGAAAAACCCGAUCUGCUGAAAGGAUCGAUUGGAUCGCUCAAGAAUCUGGGACUGCCUGCUCCGACAAAACCAAGCUCGGGUAGCGAGACGUUAAUACGCCAUCAUACCGCUGCAAUCGAUCAUAAGGCACGUUAUAAUGGUGAUUUAGUGCAGUUGAAGGAAAUCCCAUCGAGCUCGGCAUCCCAUGAGCUGAAAACGAAGGCAAUGGACCUGCUCGUGAUGGCGCACAGUUUACGACACGAAAACAUAAAUCCUCUAAUCGGUUGGCUAAAUGAACCAACCCGAACGGCACUGGUGUUUGAGCACUGUUCGCGCGGCUCACUGCAGGAUGUGCUCAUAAUGGACGAGAUAAAGCUGGACUGGUCGUUCCGGUUAAGCUUGCUGACGGAUCUAGUCCGUGGGAUGCGCUACCUGCAUGCUUCCCCGUUGCGCGUACACGGUUCCCUUUCGUCCCGGAACUGUGUCGUUGACGCACGGUGGGUGCUGAAGAUUACCGACUACGGCAUGCUAAGUUUCUACGAAGCCCAAGGCAUUGCACCGGCACCCCGAGGUGCAAAGGAGCUGCUUUGGACGGCCCCGGAAGCGUUACGAGAAUCGAAAGCCUACCCAAAGGCGGGUACACAACCGGCCGAUGUGUAUGCGUUCGGUAUCAUCAUGCAGGAGGUCGUGGUACGGGGUGAACCGUACUGUAUGCUUUCCCUCUCACCGGAGGAAAUUAUUGCAAAAAUCAAGAAACCACCCCCGCUUAUACGGCCCUCGGUAUCGAAGGGUGCAGCUCCGCCGGAAGCAAUCAACAUUAUGCGCCAGUGCUGGGCAGAAAAUCCUGAAAUGAGACCUGAUUUUGCAACUAUCUGUGAGCGUUUCAAGCAAUUAAACCACGGACGAAAGGUUAACUUUGUAGAUACGAUGUUUCAAAUGUUGGAAAAGUACUCCAACAACCUCGAGGAGCUGAUACGUGAGCGUACGGAGCAGCUAGACAUUGAGCGGAAAAAGACUGAACAAUUGCUGAAUAGAAUGUUACCAAGUUCUGUAGCGGAAAAACUAAAACUUGGACUAGCUGUUGAGCCGGAAGAAUUCGCCGAGGUAACGAUUUACUUUAGCGAUAUUGUGGGCUUCACGACGAUCGCUGCCCACUGUACACCGGUGCAGGUUGUCGAUUUGCUGAACGAUCUGUACACCUGCUUCGAUGCCACGAUCAACGCGUACAACGUAUACAAGGUAGAGACGAUCGGAGACGCGUACAUGGUGGUCAGUGGUCUACCCGUCCGAACGCCCGACCAUGCGGAACAGAUCGCUACGAUGGCUUUGGAUCUUCUCUCGCAAAGUGGCCACUUCAAGGUUCGCCAUCUACCGGGCGUUCCGCUGCAGUUGCGCAUCGGGCUACACACUGGUCCCUGCUGUGCCGGUGUCGUUGGUCUAACGAUGCCCCGAUACUGUCUCUUCGGUGACACGGUCAACACGGCAUCCCGGAUGGAAUCAACAGGAUCGUCCUGGAGAAUUCAUAUGUCCCAACAGACGUGCAAUUUGCUCGAGAAAGCCGGCGGAUACGUAAUCGAGCCCCGGGGACCUAUCGAAAUCAAGGGCAAAGGCAAAAUGCACACGUACUGGUUGCUCGGGAAAAAGGGGUUUGACAAGGCACUGCCACCACCACCACCGAUCGGGGAAUCGCACGGGCUCGAUGUAGCGAUCCUGAAGCAUUCGCUCUUCCAGUCGCAACAGAAUACUCACACUAAAAUCAAUAACGCCUCCAUCCAGAGCAACACCUGCUCGACGGCGAACCACUCGUCCAGCCAUUCGCCUUCGGUUGCGGGUGAAUCGAUCGAUGUGAAGGUGGAAAUAACGCCACCCGUUCCGCCCGGGCUGGAUCAGCAACCGGGACACGAUACUGCCGUCCUCUCGACCUCCUUCUCCAUCGAUUCGAGCUCGAGCAACAACACGUUCACACUAAACCUCGGCGACUUUGUGCAACCGACAAAGGCGACACCUCUGCCGAGCCCGCAAACACGCAAACUGUCCGAAGUCAUCGCGGACAGUUCCUUCCUGAAUGCGAACACGAACUUUGACCGGCUCAAUCCAUCCCCAACGUCCACCGCCAGUUCGACGCGACUGUUCAAGCGCAUCGAAGAACUGAUUGACCUUAGCUCACCGUACAACUAUUACAAGUGUUUAAGUCCGAGCGAGAACAAUCUGUCCCAGUGUACGGAAUCGCGCUACGGUAGCUACCAGUUGCGCUCGGACAGCUGCUCUAGUAAACCCGGUUCUACACGCUUCCUGCGGCGACAGUUUAGUCUCGAUAAGGACGACGUUGGACCGUCCUCAGGUGGAACAACCAGUGGUGCAACGAUGAGCCAGAAAGCGACGCUCGAUACCAUAUCAUCCAUAUCAGUCGAUCGAGAGCAGCUGGCACGGAUGGGCACACUGACCUCCAUACCUUCGAUCAGCUCGACCAACUCCGCCUCACUGCCGGGCGGUGGUCAGAAGCAGCGCAGUCUCGCAAUGCACCGACAGCAAUCGGCCAGCGUCGCACAAGAUCUCGAGAAGAUCGAGGAGAUCCCACUGUCACCGCAAUCCUUCAUCAUUAAUCACACCGGUAGUAGCAGCACCUCGAGCUUGCAGUCGGAAAUCAACGAGCGUGGCCGAGCGUUCCGAAACGGUGCUGGACCUACCGAUCGGGCCCACAAUGGGAAGGAACUACGGCUCAGUGUGGAGGCGCUCGGUCUUCGGUGAGUCCAUCAGGUCAGCUCGGUGUCGUUGCUGUAAGCGCGGUACGGUAAUCCGGGAAACGAUAUCAACCAGGCUCGACUAUAGUAAACAACCAAAAAACCCAGAUGGAGGGAAAACAUCUCGAUAAAGCGACGGACCACGCGGUACAAAUGUGAUCCAGAUUUUUCCGUCUUCGGAUGAUAUUAUUUACAGUACAGACGGUGUUGUGUACAGUGUGUGCAAGCACGUGUUCAAGCAUGUCGCUAUGUUAUCCUACUCGGUUUUCAGCACCCAGCCCUUACCCUGGGAAAACUUUCUCCAUGCUUCAUGUGGCGCUGUCCUUACCACCCCGCACCCAAAAAUGCCUACCGGUUGUAUGUGUGUUUAUUUUCUCUCUAGCGCACACGAAAACAAUCAACAAACGUUAGCAACAACAAACGCAGUUCGCCGCUCCGUACGGACACUGCAAAGCGUAUCAAAUUCUCGAUCUGCCGCAAGACACUUUUUCCAGUGGGAUGCAGGCAACGGAAGGCAACGUUUCGUGGAAUGUGGCAAUGAGUUGUUUGGUUGGGCCCGCAAGAAGAAACAACUCGAUGGGUUGCGUGUAGAUCGAUGUCCAUCAUCUUUUUGAUGUGCAACAGUGUCGAACAGUGUCGAACGGUGGUUGAAAAUAAGUUUGAACUCAACCGGGUUUUGAAUGGCGCCCUUGUGGAAUGUUUGGCCUUUAUUGUUGCGCUUGUUCAUUGGUAUUUCGUGGAAAUGAAACGAUCACAAUUCUCGCAUCGCUCAAACGUACUUGUUUCAUUCUCAGUUUCGAGCAAGAUCGGUAAAAUACCGAUAGAUAUUGUUUGUUAAUGAAGGAAACUAAAAUGUGCUACGGAAUGUUUCAGUUUUUUUGGUGAUGAAUGUGAGCAAAUUCAACUGCAAGGAUAGGAGUUUGAUACAAAUAAAAGAAAGUUUUAAUAUCUUAAAGACUAUCAGUUACAUUGCAGUCAUGUUACCACGCAUCGGUUGAUAAUAUUUAAAGAAGCUUUUCUUCAGCCUUUAAGUACAUCGAUGUUCUUACGUAUCAGUUCCAUUUUCCACUCGACUCACCCCAUUUCGAAGCCGAAAACAGACACCCAUCUCCCAUCUCCAAUUGGAUUUUCAUCGGUAUUCUAACAAGCCCUGGAAGGCCUAUUUCCCCCCGGGAAAAAAGGUACUAGCGUAAAUUGCAAACAUUCUAAACCCAUUACAGCACCAUGAGCUGCUAGAAUUUGGGAAGAGUAAGACACGGGCCAGAGGUUUAUCCUUUCAAUUCGCUUAAGAUCGCCCCAACCAAGUACAAACGCAACAUCAUCAUUUAUUAAUUCAACUCUCACGCCUCAGCUGACUUUUGCAUUUCCAACAUUCGCGUUCACCGUUCCCCGCCUGUACCAAAAAAAAAGCGGUAAGUAAUCCGCUUUCGACCUUCAAAGGCCUUUCCGUUGUAAAGCGUUCUAUACGUUCUACACGGCUGCUGUACUGUUCCCCGGCUGGGUGUCCCCGCCUUGCUGUUGUUGGUGGUAAUUUAAUUUAAACACUACUUAUUUAUUCACAACAGUCAACAACCCGAGAGCAAGUUUCCUCCAAACCUGGAGGAAUGCUGUACAGCUUAUGCUGUAGUGUACCGUAGAGGACGGGACGGGGCUGGCUCAGUUCCUACGUGAAGAUUUCCUUACGAAAACCCAGCAGGAAGGUCAAGUCGUUUUGCUCCGCACGUACAUGGGUGUGGAAUUAAUUAGUUCAAACUAUUUUCACAGCCACUUGCACACGAUGGCACGCGCCUUUCUCAAUCUGACCUGAAGGCGUCCUUUUAUUUGGUGUGAUUUUUGUUUUCCACUUCCCCGUUUUUGCUUUCGUUCGCCCGCAGGAACGAUUGCCCAACCGGGAUGAUCUUUUCGGUGCGAUUAGCGGGAAAGCUAUAAAUUGGCGGGAAAACCGUUUUUGGGGUUAAAUGUUCCCACGAGACUGCACUUCCCCCCCGGGGAGGGUUUUAGGCCCGUUGCAAAAGCAAUAAACGAAAUUCUGAUCCAACAAUUAGCACCGGACAUUAGCAAACGCUUCCGUCUACGCGCAGGUCGAUGAAGGUCAUUGGAGCAUCUGUUCGUGCGCUAGUAGCACGCACAGUUGCUGAUGGGCACAAAAACCUGAAACACAGAUUGGAACGGAAUCUAUGCAACAGCUGGCGCUAGGCAAUUUCCUUUCCAAGUUUCGCGUUUAAGUUUUUGUUAGGCAAUCAUCAUAAAUAUUUCAGAAAAAUCAUUUCAUUUUUUUUUGUAUUACAACCAAGCUGAUGCGACCCUUGAUCGAGGCGGUGAAAAAGAAAAUUGGAAGAGAAUUUCUACUGAAAGUUUAAAUUUUUUGUAUAAUUUUACUCCUUUAAUUUUUUUUACGGCCGGACCGUUUCAAGGCUUAUGUUACCACGUAGAAGGAUAGUCAGUUCUUGCUAUGGAGGGGACGGUCCGGAUGGGAUUUGAUACCCUGUCCUAUCGUAUAGAACCGGCGCCGUUUAUCACUUACACCACCGGCACGGCUCAAUCCUUGAAAUUAUUUAAUGAGUAAUACAAAACUAUUUAAUGAGUUUAAAUUAUUUUAUGAAUAAACUUUUUCCUUUACUAGCCAUUUCAACAAAAAAAUCUCACUAUCAGGUGUCUGUCCUGUUGUGUGUGUGUGUGUGUGUGUGUAAAUAGAUUGUAAAUUAACACUUGUAACUGUGACCGUGUACGUGUUCUAGCGAAAAACAUAAAUGCCCAAAAAUUAAGUGGUAAAACUACUUGUGUAGCUAUACAUUACGAAAGACAAAACCAAAUAAAAACAAAAACAAUCCUCGUUAUCAUUUAUUUGCCAAUCCCUCCCUCCUCAUCGUUGUUGAGUCGACUGAAACAGUAGCAUUCAAAUUAUGAUACCACAUAAACAUAAAAACCUUUAUCAGUUAAAACGUUGUACUCUCGCGCCACUCUACACCAAGAUAAAAGGCCGAAUGACGUAUGGUGAGAUUGUUAAAAUGUUAAAACGUGUUAAGAUAGUCAAUAAUUGGAACUGUGCAAAAAGUGUCAAAAAUAAAUUUAUAAAAUGAACGGCUAGCGCAUAAUGAACGCGUGAUAGAUAAAUCCAAACAACUCCAAACUCCGCUUUUGUACGCCGUAGUGGGCAUCUUUGAAGCAAGAUGAAAACAGUUACUUUCUAGAGUUGUGUGUUGUCUGCUCCGUCAGAAUUCCCGUUUCUUGCCAAUCCGUCUGUUAUUGGUCUAUACUAAAGAACCGUGAAUAAAUAGUAAAAUUACAACCACUCGCCUGACCUGGGUUUAAUGCAAAUGUGUGUCCUAGAGUAAAAAGUAGAACAAACAGUGCUGCAUCAUUUCCUAGAACUCAUCAGCUGAGAUGCAUCAAUCCAAACAAAACCAUAACUCUGCGUCAAACGAAGACGCGCGCGGUUGGUUGCGCUGAUGUUCGGAAUGUUUGUGCAAGCGCAAACUGCACGUUUUAUGUUGACGAUUGUUGUUUUUUAAGGAGUGAGGAAGAAGUCUCUGUGUCAGUGUAACAUUCACACAAAUAACCAUUCCCCAACAGGUCGCCCAGACACCACUGUCGGCCCGACUUGUCGUACGUUUUGCGAGCUAUAACAAAAGAGAAAAGUUAAGUUUGUUUCAAGUUGUCAUUGUUUUUGUGUGUUCGUACUCGUAUGUCCCCAGUUUUCCAUGUCCCACCCCCCACGUUCAAAACAAAAAGGCUAGUUAGUGGUUAGAGAAGGAGCACACAAAAAGCGCAAACUAAACAGCAACAACAAACAUGCGAAAUGUAGGUAAAAUGUGUCCAAGCCACAUGAAUGUCGUCAACGCUAUUAGCGGAAGCGCCAAUUCUACUACCCGAAGUGUACAGAGUCACGUCUCGAAGAGAAUACGAUUUAUAUAUCAUCUUGUGCUGUGUAGAACCGAACUGAAUAUGAUGAAGGGGAGGUGGUACGUUAUAUAGUACACGUGCUUGCAUGUGUGUGAGAACACUCAUAUAUAGUAUAUAUACUCUAGUUAAGGGGUGAGGGACUGUUGUUCCCCUUACCUGUGGAAUGAAGACGGUAAACUAUUCAAUCAUGUUUAUAUGGAUGUUAGAGAUUAUUUUAUAUUUUUCCAGAACUUCUCCAGUGUAGUAUUGGAAUGAAAAUAAAUUAAUGCCAAACAGAACUUUAUUAUGGUAGCGCGAAGCUGAA